AUGGCACCUCAGCCGCGGAUGCAAAUCCCCGGGUAUUACUACGAUGAGGAAAAGGGCAAAUAUUUCAAAAUUGAAAAAGGCGGCUCGGCACCCCAGACCGCCGCCUGGUCCGCCGACAAUGUCAAGCGCCGGAAGCUCCAGCACCGCGAGGCCGAGGCCGUGGCCGCUCGCCGGGAGCGGCUGAAGCGGCACAUUGUCCGCUCCGCCGCGCUGCGGGCCCCGCUCAUCGGCGGUAUCUUGGACGUCGAGCUCGGCGUGCGUCGUGAGGAGAGGGCGAGGCUGCGUGUCGAUGGUGCGUUCGGCGUCGAGGACGUCCCUGCUGCGGCGUGGGCCCGGGGGCUCGUUGACAAGGGCGAGGUGCCAUUCGUGCCUAGCUUUGCGAGGCAGAGUUUUCCGAAUAUCCCGUGUUUCUACGUUGGUGGCGAUGAUGAGAAGACGGGGCUUGGAGUUGCGUAUGCGACUUUGGACGAGGAGACUUUGAUAGGGUCGUAUGUCCCCACGGACGACAAUGACAACAGGAUAUCCUUCAGCACUGAUGCCUCGAGCCGUCCUGAACGCCGCCUGUCACACCGUCACGAGAUGAUAGGCUGUCCUCAGAUCUCAUCCAUCAACUAUCACCCACACUCGCAUCGCAUAAUUGUCACAUCCCGCGAGCCAAGUAACACAUGCGACAUCUACCUCUUUUCUCCUCCCAAAUCCGCGCCCAAUGAUGACCGACCUCUUUGGUUACUCGACAGAGCAAACAACCUCCGCCACAUCUCCUUCAACACAGGCCGCCGCGAAGGCGUCGUCAACCAAACAACGCCCGCGCCGUCCUCCUCUUCCUCCCUAACCUGCAUCAUCGGCACCUCCUACGGCCUCUUAAAGCUCACCUCGGACGAACGCAUCCACUGGCUCGGCCCACCACGCCCCCGACCCGGGCCAGCGGAAGGUGACUUCUUCGACCAGACGUUCCUCCCCUCCAACCCAAACGUCCUCCUCGCCGGCGGCCGCAACCGCGACGUCAGGCUGAUUGACAUGCGCGUAAAGUGGUCCGAGUGGGAUAACAUCCCCGUCGGGCCCUCAGCGCACCUGCGGGCCGUGAACCCGCACCAGUUCCUCGCCGCGGGGCCGAGAUCCAAGAUGGCGCUGUUUGACCUCCGGUACCGCAAAAGAGCCCCCAAUGGGACGAAGCCGGUGGUGGAGUUUGCCGGGUUCCGGAACCAAGCGCAUAUGCAUUUCGGGUGGGACGUUGAUGUUGACUCGGGUGUCGUUGCCGCGGCGCAUGAUGAUGGGCGAUUGGGGCUGUAUUCGAUGCAGUCUGGGCGGAGGUUGCGGUGUCCUGCUUUGGAUGUCGUCAAGGCGAGGACGCCAGUGAAGAGUUGCCAAUUUCAGAGGAUGCCUGGGCGAAGGCACGCGAGUUUGUUUGCAGGCGUGGGGCCAAAUUUGAAGAUGUUUUCGGUUGGGGCUUUGGGGGUUGAUGAUGAGUGUUGAGGCGAGAAGGGGGGGUGGUGGAGUUGGAUAUUGGAAUGAGCUCCAAGGUCACCGUCUCACAUGAAAACGGCCUUCACAGUGGUUCACUAUGUAGCCAUCGGUACAGAUGUUGAACAUACCAUGUUGAUGGCCUCUUGAGGCGUUGUUGUCAAUGAUACAGGUCAAGUCAAGGGUUAACAACCUAGCGACAGAGCAAAACUUUGGAGCUUUGGUCCUCGUCAUGAAGCUCAGUUCCUUGACAUGUAACAUACGAUGUCCUUGGGUUGGGAAGCUUGCUCACCGGCUCUGAAGCCAUUCUUUCUGUGUCACUAUCCAAUGGUCAGGCGAUAUCAAUACUAGCUGAAGAACGCUGCUGGAUACUUUUCUUAAACCUCUAUAUACACUCACCCCCUUUGACCAAUGGUUUGCAUUGGCCAAUUUCCGACCCAUUCG